AUGGACACGCUGCUAGCAGUGCCCAUGCGGGGCUCAGCAGCCACGACAUUGACUCUGGGAAAGAAAGAGAACACUUGCUGUUCUGCUUGCGACCUGCCCCUCGGGCGGCCGCGGCAGGUCACCGCGCUGCAGCUCUGGGAGGAGAUCGUCAAGGUGCACCCAAGGCUUGCUGUCAUCCAGGAUCAAGUGGUUUUUGCUGUUCGGCAGGAGUACGUGCUUCUUGGAGAUCAGCUCCUGGUUCUACAGCCCGGAGACGAGGUUGCCAUCAUCCCACCGAUUAGUGGAGGCUGA